UUGAAAUUCGAACUACCCCCGCGUCCAUGGGUCCAAAUCGAGUCCGAACUAUUGCGCACUAGCACCUCAUUGUUGGCGCAAUUAAAAAUCAAAUUAGAAAAAAAAACACAUAUUUUCCCAAUCGCAUUGUGCGCUUCAGUGUCGAAGGGUCACCGGGGUGCAGUAUUCAAGACCGUUGGUGUAGUUUAAGUCGGCGAGAUGCCACACUCGGCUCAUUACGCUUAGCACGAUGGCGUCGCGCGCAUGCGGUUUGAUACUCACACUGUUCACCAGCGCGGUACUGUCGCGGGACUGCAUCGAACUAACCAUCAGCGACAAAAGAAUCAUAACAGAAACAAUUCUAAAUAGUACCAUAUUAAAGUUCCAACACGAGAAUGAUACGGUCGUUGAGAGUUCCCGGUUUAAUAUUGUGCAGUUGUGGGAGAGAUUCCCGAAGGUUGUUGUGCCUAGGAACGGUACUAGUGAACAGUGCAGGAGAGACAGCCAGCUGUAUAUGGACAGUUUGGACCGACUGGAGUUAUGGGCUUUGAAAAUGUUUGACGCAACGGCCAAGCCCCCGUCUGGCAUACUGAGCGGCAAUGGAAACCAAUAUGGCGACUUUGACGAAUGUCUGAGCAUCGACGCCGCUGUCCGAGGGAAGUACUGCCUUGCCUCACUCAUCAUCAACUUCGGGGAUGAGCAGAAAUAUAAAAAAUUGGACUAUCUCAUUCACAGCGGACAUUAUAUCAGGAGUAAUAUUACAGAUAUGGGUCACAGAGUUCCGCGGUAUUCCAGUCUGCUUUGGGGCAUCUGCAUCCCAAGCUCGUGCAGUAGCUUCGACCUGGAAGAGGAGCUGUCGUACCGUCUAUCACAUCUCGGCAUCACAGCCAAAGUACACAACACUAUGUGCACAGUGAAGAAUGUUAAACGUCCUUAUUCGUUUGGGAAAGCCUUGUCCAUAUCUUUCUUCUUAGCGAUACUGCUACUGUUAAGUCUUGGAACUAUUUUGGACGACGACAAAGAUGGCGUGACAAAUUUCGAGAAACUACUUAACGCUUUUUCGUUGAAGCGUAAUCUGAGGAAAGUGUUUGAUCUGUCCGACGCAGCGACUAGGGUCAAAGGAGUGGACGCAUUCAGGGGUAUCAAUGCCCUUGCUUUGCUCGUUGCGCAUAAGUCAAUGGCCAUGGCGCAUAACCCUUACGUUAACAAAGUUAGCUUCUCUGAGGUAUUCGGAAUGCCGUGGGCUGUGAUCGGUCGCUCAGCGAUACUAUACACAGACAGUUUCCUGUACCUCAGUGGGUUCCUGAACGCUUACAACCUCCUGCAAGAGCUCGAGAGGAAAGGCACGAUCGACUUGAAGAGCAGGCUCAUCAACCGAUGGUUUAGGUUAUUUCCGUUGUUCGUGAGCCUGAUGUUGUUCUGCACGUACAUCCUGCCUGACAUCAGCAACGGACCCCAGUGGAACCUCGUCGUGGAAGAGCACAGCAGAGUCUGCGAGAAGAACAUGUGGAAGAGCUUCCUUUUCAUUCACAACUAUUUUGGAUUCGAGGAAAUGUGUCUGACGCACACGCAUCAGAUCGGUAUGGACAUGCAGCUGUACGUAGCGACCUUGCCUCUGAUGCUUCUGUUCUGGAAAGCCAGGACCAUUGGCUGGACCGUCUUCGCCUCCAUCGCCGUCGGCUCCACUGUACUCAGAUAUCUUGCCAUCCACUGGUACGACAUCAGCAUGUUCGUCUACUACGGAAUAUCAGUCCAGAAGUUACUGGACGCAGCAAGAUAUUCUUAUAUUCUGCCGACUCACAGAGCAACCAUUUACCUAAUCGGAGUAGCGAUGGCCUACGUCAUUAGAACGAAGAAAUUGAACUUUACUCUCUCAAAUAGCCAAGUAAGACUAUUCUGGGCUUCGUGUUUCGCGUUAGCCGCCUUCACCAUAGUGCACCCGUACUGGAUGGGUCUGGAGGGGUACCAGUACGAGCACGGACCCGCCGCUCUGUUCGCGGCCCUGUCCCCUAUCAUGUGGGGCUUGUUCAUGUGCAUGAUGCACUGGGCCGUGUGUAAUGAUUACGCUGGUUCUGGCACCGCCUUCCUGGAGUCGAGAGUGUUCAAAUUCUUCAACAAAAUCGCGUACAGUGUAUACCUGACCCAGUUCCCGAUCUUCUUCUUCACGGUCGGAGUCCAGAGGCACGCGGAAUACUACUCGCCAUUACUUCUGUUCCACAUACCGGAGAUGUUCGCAAUCUUUGCGAUAUCCAUAAUGACGACAGUGGCCAUCGAAAUGCCCUUCAAUCAAGUUUACAGGAUAUAUUUCGGGAAAUCACAGACGAAAUUAAAAGAAAAUUGAGACUAAAUGAGACACACAAGAACUGUAUUACAAUGUAGGAGAUAAGCCAAAAAGCAUCACGUAUCUAAUUAGUUCGUAACUUUGACUACUUUUAUACUUUUAAUGUUUAAGGAUGUAAUUAUAAUGAAACGAGUGAUUUAAAUAAAACAUUUUUUUUUUAUA